CUAAUCCACUUUUAAAGUCAUCUAUGCUUGUGGCCGUCACUACACCCUUUCAUGCCACAUGACGUGCCUCAAAAUACUGGCUCUGGAGGACGGCCGAAUCCUGAUGCAGAACUGGUAGAGGUCAACUGCAAAGACAUCACGCGUAUCCAGGAUAACUGGGAUGUGGAAGAGUUUGUCUCACACACGUGUAUGGGGAUAUUCCUCCAUCACCCAGCCUUCAAGCUGCUUUUGGCAGGUUUCAUCAUAACCAACGCGUUCAACAUAGCCCUCCGAACAGAUCCAACGUUAGAAGAGAAAUACUUCGGGUUCUUCUCUGCCAUAGAUACAAUUGUCCUGGCUUUCCUUAUCUGCGAGGUACUUCUCAACUGGUACUAUGGAUUCUCGUUGUACUGGAAGGAUGGCUGGAACGUCCUCAAUUUUUUCAUUGUGGUCUUUCUGUUCUUGGGGCUGUUCAUUCCUGCGCUGUCCGACAGGACCUUUUUCAACAUCCUCAGGAUAAUGCGACUGAUGCAGGUUUGCACCUUGGUGGCCGGGCUGGAUAGGAUGAUCAAGGUGAUCCUGAAGUCCACACCUGACAUGUUUAACAUCAUGGUUCUGCUUUUUUCCAUCAUGCUGGUUUUUUCUGUGUUUGGUGUGACACUCUUUGGAAGCCUCGUCCCGAUGCAUUUCGGGAAUUUGGGGACAGCCUUGUACACACUUUUCAUCUGCAUAACGCAGGAUGGGUGGAUCACCAUCUAUAAUGCCUUUGACGAUGAAGGCAUUGCCUUGACGAUCGGGGGGGCCCUCUACUUCUUCAUCUUCAUCACCUGUGGGGCCUUCAUCUGUGCGAAUCUGCUUGUGGCUGUAGUGACGACAAACUUAGAGCAGUCUGUGACUGCUUACAACGAGGAACGGCAGUUGCAGUCUCUGGCCACAGACUGGGGCCUAACUCUCUCCAUCCUCGAGCAGGAUGGCAUGGACGAUGAUGCCCGCCCACCUCCGCCACCCAUGCACCUGAAAGAAGUCAUGCAUGCCACAGCCAUGGCCCAUUGCCAGGAUCUGCUGAGCUACGGUAACUUGGGUAACCUGAACGAUGCCACCUGUGACGAUCUCUGCGUCGUCCUGGAAGCCAUCCACGAGAACCUAAAGGAAUACCGGGAGAUCCGGGAUGAGCUCAAUCAGAUAGUCAACGAGGUGAGAUCCAUCAAGUUCAAUAUUGAGCAGGAACAAGAGAUCGUUCUACGAAACAUCCGUGGGUCCAACAUCUCAGAUACUGUGUUGUCGAGCGAUGUCGUGCAAGGAAAGGCUGGAGAUGUCAUCACCACACUGUCAAACCUGGAAAAGUCGAACGUGAUUGAAACAGAAUACCAGAAAGGAGUGAUCAAAACAGCAGCCUUGAGAGCACGGAGGCAGUCCUUGCUAACGUGGCUCUAG